CCAUUCCAUUCCAUUCCUUUUUUGCAAAAUCAAACAAUAGAAUAUGGUUUUAUCCUACUCCAUUCCAUUCCACCACUCUCCAUCAAUCCAAACAUAGCCUAAAAGUGCAUUAUAUUACACGCCGUAAAGCUCUGUUAACACAAGAAAGAAAGAAAUGAAAAACCCUAAACCCUAGCAGAACCUUCAUUCCUUCCUUACAAUGGCGGCUGAACUUCCACCGGAAAUUCUCACCGAAAUCCUUUCCCGCUUACCGGUAAUAUCACUUCUCAGAUUCCGAUCAACUUCAAAAUCAUUUAAAUCCCUAAUCGAUUCCAACAAAUUCAUCAACCUUCACCUCAGAAAUUCCCCCAAUCAAUCCUUAAUUCUUCGAUUCAAAUUCGAUAUCUACCAAAUUAAAAUCGAUGAUGAUUUCUCUGAUCCAGACACAUCGAUGUUACUUUUUCCACACAACCACCCUUUCACCGGCAACAGCACCAACAUCGAUCCUUUCAAGGGUAACAACACCAUUACUCUUAUCGGUUCAUGUAACGGCCUCCUCGCCAUGUCCCACGGCGUAAUAGCUUUCACGCAUCCUAACGCCCCCAACGAAAUCACAAUAUGGAACCCCAACACCCGUAAGCAUCGGAUUAUCCCUUUUCUCCCUCUUCCUAUCCCUAACAUUCUCCAAUCUGACAACCCUAACCGUGGCUGCUUAUGCGUUCAUGGCUUCGGUUUUGAUUCUGUAUCCGGCGAUUACAAACUCCUCAGAAUCUCUAACUUGCUCGAUCUACAAAACCCUUUUUAUGAUCCACAUGUCAGACUCUUCAGCUUGAAAACAAACUCAUGGAAAGUAAUUCCUAAUUUGCCUUAUUCUCUUUACUAUGCUUUAACAAUGGGGGUUUUUGUUGAGAAUUCUAGUUCUCUUCACUGGGUAGCGACGAGGAAAGUUCAACUGUUUCAACCUGAUUUAAUUCUCGCGUUUAACCUAACACUUGAGACUUUCAAUGAGGUUCCUCUUCCUGAUGAAAUAGAGGAAGAAGUUAAUAGUAAGAGUUUUAAAAUUCGUGUUGCUGCUUUAGGAGGGUGUCUUUGUAUGAUUGUGGAUUAUAAAGAUACUAAAAUUGAUGUUUGGGUGAUGAAAGAAUAUGGAUGUAGAGAGAGUUGGUGUAAACUUUUUACUGUGGUUAAAUCUUCUUUCGAUUUACCUUUGCAAUCUUUGAGGCUUUUAGGUUAUUCGAGUGAUAGAAAAAAGGUUUUGUUGAGGGUAGAUGUUGAGAAUCUAUUUUGGUAUGAUUUGGAGAGUAAACAAGUUAGUUAUGUUCAAGAAAUUCUUAAUUUGGAUGACACUAUGAUUUGUGUUGGAAGUCUUGUACCACCUUACUUCCCUGUUGAUAAUCGUAGGAAGCAGGAGAAUCCUACAAGCGAGAGCGAGAAAAGGGACGACUUCUUGUCUGGAGGAUUUAAAUUGAGAUUGUAAGGGAAGGAAGGACCAGUGAAGUGCAGCUGAAAUAGGAUGCUUCUGUUGUUUCUUGUGAUGGAAUUGCUCACCUUGGUUUGUAGGAAAGGUUGAAUUGAUAAUGAUGGAGUUGCACCCAUUUUUAUCCCUCUUUUUGAUUUGUCUGAGAUUACUGUUCUCCCUCUUGUGUAAAACUGUUAUAGCACUAUUUUUAGAGGAGCUGAUAAAAGUUGCAUAGGCAUGUGAAGCAUGAUCAUCAUAUCACCAUCAAUGUAGAUGUCAAUAUUGAAAAUGGUCGAUUUAAAAAAUUUGUAUGUGUUUGUGAACUCUAAAAUGAGCCAAGCAUCGUAUUUCUUAUUUCUGCAUAGAA